CAUGAACGGACAGCUCCGGUUCCGCCUUUGCGAUGGGCACGAGACGUUCGACCAGGGUAUGGACAUGUUGGACCGGAAUGUCGUCGAAGCGUGGUACAUAACCCUCUACGCCAUCGUCAAGUCGUUCUACCUUCGGUCCGUGGUCGACAUGCUCCUGCAGGAAGGUCUUAUGAAGAGAGAAGUCAUCGACAAGGUCGCGAGGUUACCCAACGUGCAGACAAAAGCUCCGAUAUUGUACUCCUUCGACACUCCCUUUGUGGCCGAGAUGUCAAAGCCGUCGUUGAGGCUGGCGCUUAUCAGCAUCGACAUGUUCAAGGCCAUCAACAUUCCUUACGUCUUCCAGCACAACCUGCCACCGGAGACACCAUACAAAGGGCGUGUCUGUGCUUCGAGGUCUCGACUUCCACCGAACAUGAAAUUGUGCCCACCCUCGUUCUGCGAAUCCUA